AUGGCCCUCAAAGAGGAGCCCCAGAUGGUAAGUGAAAAAUCCUGUGCACACCAGGGCCACCCCACUUCUAGAACCAGAAACGAGGCAGGAACAGAGCAAACGCUUUAUCCCAAUUGGGCAAAAAGGUGUCUGUCAUGGGUGGGCCCUGGCAUAGAUCCCACCUUGAUAAGCAAAAUUGCUCGGCAGCUGCUUCCAGAGGUUGGUCCUGUGUCAAGGAAUCCACCCAGUCCCAGGCAGCCCCGGAGACUCACAAGCCGAAAGAAUUACCAGAGGAAUCCCGAGACCAUCCCUAUCGAAUCGCCAGAAAUGGAAACCAGAAGACCAGUCCAGGGUUCGUUCUGCGUGUGCCACUCAGCCAAUAGAGAAACACAGGAGUUGGUUCAUCAGUUGAAAAAAUACUUGAUAUUUUCUCAUAUUGUAUUCAUCCUGUUUAUUUUUAUAAUACUAAGCGUAUUUGUUGUAAAACUUUUAAAAUAUCCCAAAACUAUGGAAUGUUCAGGAGAAUGGAUUGGAGUAAGAGAGAAGUGUUUCUAUUUUUCUGAUGAUACCAGGAAUUGGACAGCCAGUAAAAGAGUUUGCAGUUCACAGGGAUCAGAACUUGCUCACAUUGAUACACAAGAGGAUAUGGAAUUUUUGAAGAAGCACACGGGGACAAAAAUGCACUGGAUUGGAUUGAGCAGAAAACCAGGCGAGUCUUGGAAAUGGACAAACGGCACAACAUUUAAUGCUUGGUUUGAAAUUACCGGGGAUGGAUCCUUUGCUUUUCUGAAUGCUGAUGGAGUCUAUAGUUCCAGGGGAUUUGUUGAUAUCAAGUGGAUUUGCAGCAAACCUAGAUUUUAAUAGAGCAAAAACCUGAAAAAUGACAAUCAAACUUCAAAGUAAUUUCCAGACGCCAUACUGAAUACUUUCUAACUCCAUUUGUCAACAUUACUGACUGUUAAAAGAAAAAGGAAAGGAAGCAAAACAUAAAAGGAGAAAGAAC